GACUCUGAUGCUUCUUGAAGUUCUUAAGUCAUUUUUUUCUCUGUGACCCAACUUGAAGGGGUCACAGAGUAAAGCUGAGAGUCAACCAACUCCUGGCAGUACCACCACGGGGCACAACUGUGCUGAUUUGACUGAAAGGGAGACAGCCCAGAGUGAAGGACUGGCCACUUGUCUCUCCGCUUUAUAAUCUCUUUCUCUGAGUAGACUGGAUACCUCCAUGAACCCAACAGAUGUAUCAGGAAAUGGCAUUGCUCACUGGGAACGCAGACCCCAACUUCACCUCGUAUUCGUACAACAAUUUGGAAAACCUGUGCGAGGUGCAGACCAAGAAAGGAUUCUUCUACAAAAAAGCCAAGCUUCUCCACCCUGGGGAAGACCUGUGCUGCUUGGCCCGUCUGGAGGACCGAACCAGGCAUGUGAUCAUCAAUGUAGGUGGCAUCAAAUACAGGAUUCCGUGGACCACACUGGAGAACUGCCCUUUGACCAGGCUUGGAAAACUAAAAUCAUGUAACAACUAUGAUGAAAUCAUGGACAUCUGCGAUGAUUAUGAUGUCAGCUGCAAUGAGUUUUUUUUCGAUCGUAACCCUUGUGCCUUCAGGACCAUCAUGACUUUCCUGACAGCUGGGAAGCUUAGGCUUCUAAGGGAGAUGUGUGCCCUCUCUUUCCAAGAGGAGCUGGUGUAUUGGGGGAUAGAAGAGGAGCACCUGGAAUGGUGCUGUAAGAAGCGAUUGCGACAGAAGGAGGAGGAGGCUGCUGAAGCCAGGCUGUAUGAGAGGGAGAUGCUGAUCAGGGAAACUCCUCAGUGUGCCUUCCAGGACAAUAGCCGUUCGGGUUUGUGCAUGAGAAAGCUCAGGGAUAUGGUGGAGAACCCUCACUCAGGGAUCCCAGGAAAGAUCUUUGCUUGUAUAUCAGUCUCCUUUGUUGCCAUCACUGCAGUCAGUCUCUGUAUUAGCACCAUGCCAGAUAUCAGAGAAGAGGAAGAUCGGGGUGAAUGUUCUCAGAAGUGCUACGACAUCUUUGUGCUGGAGACUGUUUGUGUGGCUUGGUUCUCCUUUGAGUUCCUCCUGCGCUCCAUUCAGGCGGAAAGCAAGUGCGCCUUCCUGAAGACCCCUCUCAACAUCAUCGACAUCUUGGCCAUCUUGCCUUUCUACAUCUCUCUGAUAGUGGAUUCGGUCUCUGCCAAAAACAGCAGCAGCAAGCCCAGCAGCGGCGUAGGAAACAAGUACUUGGAGCGAGCAGGCCUGGUUCUGCGUUUCCUGAGGGCUCUCCGCAUCCUGUACGUCAUGAGGCUGGCACGUCAUUCCCUGGGGCUGCAGACGCUUGGACUCACUGUGCGCCGCUGCACCAGAGAGUUUGGACUCCUUGUCCUCUUCCUGUGUGUUGCCAUGGCACUCUUUUCUCCCCUGGUUUUUUUGGCAGAGAGUGAACUGGGAGCCAAGCAAGAAUUCACUAGUGUCCCCACCAGCUACUGGUGGGCUGUUAUCUCCAUGACGACUGUAGGCUAUGGAGACAUGGUACCUCGGAGCAUCCCGGGACAGGUAGUCGCCCUGAGCAGUAUCCUGAGUGGUAUUUUGCUGAUGGCUUUCCCAGUGACGUCCAUCUUUCACACUUUUUCCCGCUCCUACAUAGAACUGAAGGAGCAGCAGCAGCGAGCUGCAAGCAGACAGUUGCACCAGCUUGAGGAAACCACCAGCUUCCCAAAUGGGGACAGUUCUCAGGGAGUGGGUACCUCCUCCCCAGGAGACAAGAGGAGCUGUUGACUGCAAAUGACUUAGCCAGCAGCACUGAACUAGCAAAUGAAAGCGUUCCAGAUCUGAAACAAAAGCCAACGAAAUUAACAUAAGCCAGGGUAGUCAGUGAGACUUGUACAUGAGACUGUCCUUGUUGAGUAACUUUGGCUUAAAGGAGCACCCCAAAGAGUCUCUAAAAACAACGGUGGAGUCCUGUUCUGCUCCUUCCUUCAUAGAAGGCCACCUUCAUUGAGCAACUGAUUGGGGGCAGCCCCCAGGAAUCAGUUGCUUAAGCCAGGUUUCUGUUGUGUCUGCUAACACACACACACACACAAAAUGUGGAGCAAGAACACAUCCUAAUAAAGGCCCAAUGUUGGUGGAAAUAAGGGUGCCAUUUACUGUACAUAAGCUGGUGGUCCUACUCUGUGCUGAGAAUGAUCCUAAACCCUUAUUUCUUUGGCACAAUGGAUGCACUCCACGUGGCACCCCCCAUGGCGUUUACAUCUCAAGGGUAACAUUGAAAGGGGGAGAGAGGCCUGCCUUGGCCAGCAGAAGGGUGAACUUAUCCCUAGUCCCUUGGCUUUUAAUAAACAGUGGUGUGUUUUUUUUUAAAUUAGGAACCAUAAUCUGGGCUGCUGGCUGCCAGGUCUGACCUGAACUCUUGCUGCUUAGGCAUUAUUUAGAAAACACACAUAUCUACCACACUAGGCUUUGCACCUGAGCCCUGAUGACAGGCAUAUACAUGGACAGCCUUGUUAAUGAAACUGAAUGGCAGCUUGUUUUCCAUUGCUCACAUUUGCAUAUAUCUUUAAAACAUUAUUCCUCUACUAGCCAAUUAGCCCAUCAUAAGACGGGAUUUUCAGGUCUCUCCUUCAUGUCGGUCUUCUCUCCUGAGGCUCUGGUCUCUCGCUCCAUCUCUCUCUCUC